UAAUAAACCCUUCCAAUCAUCUUCUACAUGCUCAACCUUCACCGCUUUCGACUUUUGGAAAACUUGCUAACCAUUGGUUUAUUUUUCGCAAUUAGCAGUCCAUCAUCUUCGUGUUCUUCUAUUUAUUUCCGAAAAUUGGAUUCACUCAAUUGAUCUAACCAACUCACUUGGCUAAGGGAUUGAAGCUGAUUUAAUUAGGGUUUGUUGAUUUGUCAAAUUACUACUACGAAAUUGAAGGAUAAAUCUUCUAAAUCUGGGAUUUAAAUUUGACACACUCAAGUUCACUCAAAACGUACUUCACUACCACUUCAACAGAAGAAUACUCCCGCGAAUCUCCGAGCUUUCACUUUUAAGAAAUAAAUGAUGGAGAAAAUGGCUUCGCGUAAGGAGAAGAGAAAAGCUGCUCGACAAGAAAAGAAACAACAUAAACAUCAAUCUUUGAUUCAGCACCAGAAAAUUAGCAAAUCCAAACGGAAUUUGGAAAAUUUGAGGACGGGGGUUUUGAAGGAUUGCAGUGUGAAAGAGACGGUGGUUUGUCAGGGGCAACUUGAAGGUUCAGCGGUGAAAGGCGGCGAGUUAGGGAAUGUAAGAAUUAAAAAAGUGAGGAAUACGGAAGGAAAAGGAAGAACGUUGUCUAUGAUGGAGAGUGAUAGCGAUGGGGAUAAUGCUAAGCCUGAUGUUAUUAAGAGUAGGAUGCCCAAGAGAGAUCAAAUGAAGUUCAAUGGAAAGAAGACAAAGUUUGAGGAGUACUUGGAAAUGGAAACGAAGGCAGGGCCGUCAAUGGAGGAGGACUUGGAGUUGGAACGGAGAUUAGCUAAGAAGCUCAAGUUGAAAAAGGGGAAAUUGGAUGAUGGUGGUGAUGGACUUGAUGUUUUAUUUGAAGGUAUUCCAUCUUUUGAUGAUUCGUCUGAGCAAGAGUACAAUAGAUAUUAUGAUAGUGAAACAGAAAGUUUACUAGAUGGUGAUGAUAAGAAGAGCAAGAAAAAGAGAAAGAAAAUGAAAAAACCAGAGCGAGAACUUGGGCUUGACAAAAUUGAAGCUUCUCAUGAUUCACUUACGGAGGAGAGCAUUUCAUUUGAAUCUGGUGAAGGGGAUGAGCCUAAUAGCGAUAGUGAAACAGAAAUCGUGGAGAGCGCUGAAAAGAAGAAAAGAAAGAGGGGAAAGAAGAAGAGAAGAAACUCAGAGCCAGAAGGCUCUGAUGAUGAUGAUAUGAAACAAUCUGAGAACAUGUCACUAGAAUCGGGUGAAGAGAGUGAGGAAACUACAGAGUUAGAAACCGAUACUGCCGCUGCGGAUGGGGUACAGAGCACUAGCAAGUAUGUCGCACCUCAUUUGAGAUCUAAAUCUGGUGAUGAUUUGCAAGAGUAUAUACAAAUUCGAAGACGGCUUCGAGGUCUGUUAAACAGGAUGUCAGAAUCCAACGUGGAGUCGAUUACUGGAGAAAUUUUCUCAAUAUUCCAGUCUGUCAGUCGAGCAGUUGCAUCACAAAUUAUCAGUGAAGAAGUUUUGGCUUCAUGUGCUGGAGGUCCACGGGGAAAUGAACAGUAUGCAGCAGUAUUUGCAGCCUUUGUAGCUGGUAUGGCUUCUAUGUUUGGAAUUGACUUUGGUGCGAGAUUCAUGGCAUCCCUUGCGAAGUCCUUUGAGGAUGAAUACUCCAAGGAAGACAAUCUUUCGCUCAGGAAUUUGUCACUUCUCCUCUCCUACUUGUGCAUAUUUGGAGUGUGCGCUAGUGACUUGAUUUAUGAUUAUCUGAUAAAGCUUAGCAAACAGCUGGCGGAGAUCGAUGUCUCUACCAUCUUAGCGAUUUUACAAUGUUGUGGAAUGAAGUUGCGGGGGGAUGAUCCUGCUUCCAUGAAAGACUUCAUCUCAAGUGUUCAGAGCAGAGUGAAUGAGUUAAAGGCUAUUUCCGGAGAUGCUGAGGCGACUAUGUAUAGCAAGAGGAUGGAGUUUAUGCUUGAGACUAUAUGUGAAAUCAAGAAUAACAAGAAGCGUGUUAAGGAGGAUUCUUCACCACAUACACGUAUAAAGAAAUGGCUGCAGAAGCUAAGAGUUGAGGAUAUUACACUCCGAGGAGUCAAAUGGAGUAAGCUGCUUGAUCCCAAGAAGAAAGGGCAAUGGUGGUUUUCUGGGGACUUGUCUUCUCGAACAGAAGAUGUCCGCAAUGUCGCUGGUAAGAUGGAUAAAGAGGUUAAUGAGGCCGAAAAGAUGUUAAAGCUAGCUGCCAAACAAAGAAUGAAUACUGAUACCAGAAGGGCAAUUUUUUGUGUUAUAAUGAGUGGUGAAGAUUAUAUUGAUGCAUAUGAGCAACUGUUGAGCUUGAAUCUACAAGGAAAGCAGGAUAGAGAGAUCAUGCGAGUUCUUGUAGAGUGCUGUUUGCAGGAGAAGGUUUUCAAUAAGUAUUAUACUGCUCUUGCUUCUAAGCUUUGCAGUCAUGACAAAAACCACAAGUUCACUCUUCAGUAUUGCCUUUGGGACCAUUUGAAAGAGCUGGAGUCGAUGCCUUUGAUGAGAUCAAUGCACCUGGCUAAAUUUGAGGCAGAAAUGUUUGCAAGCUUCACUCUUUCCCUUGCUGCUCUGAAAGUCGUGGAUCUGAUUGAUGCCACUCAGCUUUCUGCAAAGAGAAUAAUGCAUUUUCGAAUGCUCUUUGAAGCACUUUUUGAGUACCCAGAUAAUGUGGUGUGGAACGUCUUUACACGAGUCACCAUCACCCCUGAGCUCGAAGAACUUCGAAAUGGCCUGGAGUUCUUCAUCAGAGAGUACGUCGUAACCAGUAAUAAAAAUGCUACAAAAAGGUUAAAGCUUAUUAAGAAAGCUCUUAACAAUGCCGAAGGUGUUUUGAUGUAGAUUUAAUUAUUAAAAAUUUUGCCCUCUUUAGUUAUGAUAGAUUAAGAAUUUCCCUGGUUAAUUUUAAAGAGGGGAGAGGAUCGUUGUCUAGAAGCAUUUUCCUUGUGUAUUUAUUUAGUCAUUUAGUAACAAGUUUAUAACUUAUUUUGUAUGAUGAUUCCCUAUCACUUAAUUGGUUUUUGCAAAAACUUCCGGAGCCUCUAUUAUA